CCCGUGCCUGCCUGUCCUGGACUCUGACCCUCCAUCUGAGUCACACUUUCCAACCCUCCGUGGACGCCCUUCUUUAAACACCCAACGCGAAAAAUGACCUGCCUGUCGGAACUACCUACUCGCUUCCCUGUUUUCAUUCUACCAGAACAAAUCGCACAAAACGCGCGAAACUCCUCCAACUGGAGGCCGAGCCCGAGUUGCGUAACUGUCUUGUUAAGGUACUUAUGACUCCCAAAUCGCGCCAUACUACCUCCUCUACCCAGUACCCGCCUCCGUACAUGUAGGUAUCGCAGCCACACUGAGCAACAUGCGAAAACUAUUUUCCAAAUUCCGCCUUGCCGCACGAGCGCGCAAACGGUCAACACCGACUCAGGAUCCCGAGGCCGCUGCGGUGGUUGGUGUAGCCGAGGCUGAGCUCAAGUAUUCUGUCCAUAGCUCAACGGCUGAAAGGCGACCCCAAAAGCACCCGCUCUCGGCACAGCACGACCACGCCGAUGACCCCAUCCCGGGGACAGCGUCAAACAGACCCUCCAUACAGGCUUCCCCAGCCAAACCCACUCUAGAAACCCUACCAGCCGAGCUUCGAACCGAGAUCCUUUCCCACAUCGUCGACCUGAACGACCUGAGCGCCGUGGUGCACGCCUCUCCCGUGUUUCAUCAACAGUACCUGCUGAACCGUCACCGCUUCCUAGCCCAAUGCUUGAAAGGAACGCUCGAAAGCGUGCUCAUCGAUGCUUAUAUCCACCUGGCCUCAUCCGACGUUGUCGAGCAACGCCUCGCUGCGCCAAAGCGUAGCUCCCGGCCGGCCAUCACAGCAGUCAUGGAGGGCUACGGUGAGCUCCGCAGGGCGAGUCAACGAGCAUCGCGUGGAGACGGCGUCUUGGAACGCUGCGACAUAGAAGAUCUCACCAACAUGGCAUCGUUCUAUCUGGCUGUUGUGCAGCCUCUGGUGACGGAUUGCGCGACCCUGUUUUUGCAAAACCUAAAAGUCCAAAAUCCAGCCGAGCUCGGCUCGUUGCGCAAAAUAGAACGGACCCGACUCCUCAGAGCGCUCUAUCGCUUCCAGAUUUAUCAAGACCUGUUCGCGAAUGACGGGACGGGGAGCGAUUUCUCCCAUGUCGAAGUUCUAGCCGUGUUUUUUGGCAUCUUCCACCCCUGGGAGGUUGAAGAGGUUCACUGCAUAGACCACCUCGUCAGAGCUAGACACAACCAGGUCUUCGAUAAGAUCAAAUGGGACGUCCACAAGACGAACGCCGCUAGAUUUGGGGAACAGAUGAACCCGAUGACGCCGCCAGGCGCGUUUGACCUUGACAAUGAGUACAAUCGCCUAUCCCUCCUGAACGGCACCAUCUCACGCGGGCUGCCUCUUUUCCAAGCCGUCCCCAGAAUGGCCGAUCACGAGGCCCUGAUUCGUCUCAUGCAGCAAAAUAUGACCUGGGGCUUGGGCGAACCCAUUCCAGAGACCAUGGUGUCGUUGACUUCGGACUUUAGGCGCAGUUUUUACCCCUCGGAACUUGACCAAAUGGAGGCGGCACGACAGAGGAUGCCGUUUCUCGGCGAUGACGAAGAGGCGCCGCCGCUGGCGUGGGUCAUUAUCUGGCGAGGCAGAUAUAGCACCACGUACGGGGACGUUAUCCCGCCCGUGCUGCAGGAUUGGGGGUACGUUUUCUGGGACGUGCAUCGGCUUACUGCGAGGAGAGGGGAGAUGAAAACCGAGUUGCUGUCGGCUUGGUUGCACAAGUGGCCAGAGGACCCAAGAGAUUUAUAAUGUGCCUUGGCGCGAAAUCUCUCCUGAACGCAGCCAGGUCUGGACACUCCGGGCAUCGGAUCGGCGGGUGCGUGGAACCGCCACCCACCCAGGGGUCGAUAGGCAGCAGAGGGAUCUUGAACGGCGGCGUUGGCGGCUGCGGCGACGGCAUAGCGGCUGCGGCUACGGCAUGGCGGCUGCGGCGACGGCAUGGCGGCUGCGGCGACGGCAUGGCGGCUGCGGCGACGGCAUAGCGGCUGCGGCUACG